AUGCUUAGAUCAAGUCUACUGAAAUCUGCUAAUAAACCAAAUCUCUUGCUAAUUCAACAACAGUUAAGCAAAUCCAGAUUCUAUUCUUUAUUCAAUAGACAUACUGAUUUGGCAUUUCCUAAUAAAAAUGACGCUAUUAUUCGUGCUCAAAACCAGGCCCACGGUAAUUCUAAAACAGUUGGUAGAAUAAGAAAUCAAAAUCACUACUCUACAAAAGCUCCGCCAAGAUUCACAGCUGAUAUUUAUCCAAAUAUUAAACGUGAUUCUAUAUAUAAGAAAAUUGACGAGAAAGACAUCGAUUAUUUUAAAUCAUUUUUGUCACCUUCAGAAAUCUCACUUGCCACCACUGAAGAUGCAUUAGAUUCAUUUAACGAAGAUUUCAUGAAAAAAUAUAGAGGUCAAUCAAAAGUUCUUUUAAAACCAAAAAAUGUGGAAAGUGUAUCGAAAAUUAUGAAAUACUGUUAUGAUAAUGAACUUGCUGUUGUUCCACAAGGUGGAAAUACUGGUUUGGUUGGGGGUUCUGUACCAGUCUUUGAUGAAAUCAUUUUAUCAAUGAAUAAUUUAAAUAAAAUAAGAGACUUUGAUGCUGUCUCUGGUAUAUUCAACUGUGAUGCAGGUGUCAUUUUAGAGAAUGCUGACAACUUUCUAGCAGAAAAUGGAUACAUUUUCCCAUUAGAUUUAGGAGCAAAAGGCUCUUGUCAUGUUGGUGGUGUUGUGGCAACAAAUGCAGGUGGUUUAAGAUUGUUGAGAUAUGGAUCUUUACAUGGAAGCGUCUUAGGAUUAGAAGUAGUUAUGCCAAAUGGUGAUAUUGUCAGUAGUAUGCAUUCUUUAAGAAAAGACAACACAGGCUAUGAUUUAAAACAGAUGUUCAUUGGUUCAGAAGGAACAAUAGGUAUCAUUACUGGUGUUUCAAUUUUAGCACCAAUAAGGCCUACGUCUUUUAAUGUCAGUUAUCUUGCUGUAAAUGAUUUUGAAACUGUUCAAAAAGUUUUUGUAAGAGCAAAGAAGGAGCUUUCUGAGAUAUUAUCAGCUUUUGAAUUUAUGGAUUGCAAGUCGCAAGAAAUAACUAAACCACAUAUGGGUGGUAUUGGAUUUCCAUUAGAAAAUGAAUAUCCAUUUUAUAUCUUGAUUGAGACUUCCGGAUCUAAUAAAGAGCACAAUGAUGAAAAACUAGAGACCUUUUUGGAAAAAGUAAUGGAAGAAGAAUUAGUUGUUGAUGGUGUUAUUGCUCAAGAUGAAACUGAAUUAAAAAAGUUAUGGCAAUGGAGAGAAAUGAUAUCUGAAUGUUCCCAAGCCGGUGGUGGUGUUUACAAAUAUGAUGUUUCCUUGCCAUUGAAGGACUUGUAUUCUUUAGUAGAGGCUACAAAUGAAAGAUUAACUAAAGCAGGUUUAGUAGGUGAUGCACCAAAACCUGUUAUUAGUGCUAUCGGGUAUGGCCACGUCGGUGAUGGUAACUUACAUCUAAAUGUUGCAGUAAGAGAAUAUAAUAAAGAAGUUGAAAAGGCUUUAGAACCUUUUGUUUAUCAAUUUAUUUCCGAAAAGAAGGGUUCAGUAAGCGCUGAGCAUGGUGUAGGUUUUCAAAAGAAAAAUUAUAUUCAAUAUUCAAAGAGUCCAAGGGAAAUACAAAUGAUUAAGGAUUUGAAAAAGCAUUUCGAUCCCAAAGGAAUUUUAAACCCAUAUAAGUAUAUUUAA